CGGGGGAGUAGUGGGGCGGCUCGUAGUUCGUUACUACGUAUCGUGUGAGAAGGCAUCUGCACGGGCAGUCGCGGUCUGCCCUGCGUCGCAGAAGCCGCUCCGGAGGACCCCACUAGCUGCCAGACCAGGACAACAGAUCUGAGGAUGUCAUCUAGUGCAUCGAAACCUUUUAUCAUGUGGUUGUUAUUGCAUUAUAUUGCGAUCAAGACUAUAAAAUUUAUAAAAAAUAAUACUGGUCGCUGCUGCUCCCUCAACUGACAAUAUCAGAUCUUACAAAGAAUAUGAAUAGUUUUGUGAGCACAAAGGAUUUCUACAAUUUCCAUCGUCCCAGAAACAUCAAGAUUUCACGUAAAUCUGUAAUAAAAAGCCAAAAACUGGAAAUGGUUCCUCAAGUGGCUGGCUGGCUGGCAGCACGGCAGCUUGGCGUGCUCGGUCAGAAAGUUAUCUGCCCUCCGUAAUUAGGAGAACAACUUAGUGAAUGAAUCAGUAACGAAUUUGAAAGGAUGUCAUGGGAUAUCCUCCCCGAAUAAAUUUAAGGAACAAGAUGAGAAAACAACAGGAAGAAGUGGAUAGGCUGAGGGGUUACGAACAAAAAGGACGAGCGUUCAAAUCUGACUGGAGCCAACUGUUUGUUAUGCAGAGCUGUGCAGAUGGGACCAAGGCAGUUGCCGGCGGUGGUAGCCGUGCUGUUGCUCCUGCUAAGCUUGCCGGAGGCUCCACGUGCGGCGCACGUGCUGGUGGUCUUCCCUGUGGGCUCGCCCAGCCACUGGAACCUGGGGCGAGCUAUAGCCAGCGGUCUGCACGCCAAAGGGCACCGCAUCACCGCCGUCACGCCCUUCUCUGGGCAGGGGCCGCCCAACAACUGGACCGACGUCCCCAUACCCAACACCAUACACUUCUUUGGCCACACAUCAGGCUUAUUUGAUUUCGGCAGGAUAAACAAUUUUCGGAAGUUCCUCAUACUGGCCAACUACGGAAUAGACUCAUGUGAGGCCUACUUUCAAGAUGAAAACUUUAAGCGGCUGCUCAACUCUGGUGAAAAGUUCGACGUCAUGAUCAUCGAAGAAUUCGUCUGCGAUUGCCUCCUGGUGUUGGCAUACAAAUUCAAUAUUCCCGUCAUACGAUUCGCCACGUUUUCACCGAGUUCCUGGCAAGGUGACACUGUCGGGAAUCCAAGCUCUUACUCUUAUGUGCCUGAUACGUUUCUUACUUACACCGAUCACAUGAGUUUCUUCCAGAGACUGCAUAACACCGUGUAUGGACUGUUCUGCAAGUUGGUCCGCGAGAUGUACGUGAUUCCCAUGCAGGAAGCACUGAUAGAGAAGUACCUGUUCGACCUGAAGAAGACGAGUCUGUCCGAACUGGAUAGGAAGACUUCCUUGUUGCUCACCAACAGCCACUUUAGUUUGUUCUACCCGAGACCCCUAGUACCGGCCAUGGUCGAAGUUGGGGGUAUGCACGUCAGUCCACCGAAAAAGCUGUCACAGGACCUUCAGGAAUUUCUCGACGGUGCGAAAGACGGAGCAAUACUCUUCAGCAUGGGAUCUAACCUGAAAAGUGCUGAUCUUCCUGAAGACAAGAGACUGGCUAUUGUGGAGGCAUUCUCGAAGCUCAAGCAACGUGUUCUCUUCAAAUGGGAGGCAGAAACGUUCCCAGGGAAACCGGAUAACCUGAAACUUGGGAAGUGGUUGCCUCAGUCUGACAUACUGGCGCACAAGAACAUAAAACUUUUCAUAACUCAUGGCGGUCUGCUCAGUACGCUCGAAGCUGUGUAUCAUGGUGUACCAGUCAUCGGAAUUCCUGUAUUUGGUGAUCAAGAACUCAACAUGCUUCAAGCAGAGGCCAAGGGAUACGGGUUAAGACUUCACUUCAGCAAUAUCACGUCAGACAAAUUGUUCUGGACAGUCACAGAGGUGCUCAAUAAUCCUCGUUACAUGAAGAGAGCCCAGGAGCUGUCGAGUCUGUUCCACGACAGACCCCGCACCCCUCUGGAGGAGGCCGUGUACUGGACGGAGUACGUGGUGCGCCAUAAGGGCGCGCCGCACAUGAGAUCGGCGGCUCUGGACCUGGCGUGGUACCAGCUGUGGCUGCUAGAUGUCGUUGGCGCUGUGAUAGCCGCCGCUGCACUGGCGCUAUGGGUCCUGGUGGUCGUGCUCAGAACUCUGUUCAGGUUGUUCGGCCGCAGUGCGUCCAACACAACAGCUGCAAAGAAGCAAGCGUAACACCUAGAUCGUGUCUUGUACCUGUAUAAAUGUGUAUUACUGGUGAAUCUACGAAGAUUUUACCACGUACUUUUUACUUGUAGUGCAUUAAAUGUUUACUAUUUAUUUUACUGA